UCCAAGAGAGUUACGAAUCCACUAAAUAAAUUAAUUGGAAGUUUGUUUAUGUUUGUAAUUUUAAUUUUUAUUCUUCUAUGGCAUUAAUGAACAACGUAAUAGAUGUGUUAGAUUUUGAAAGUAAAUUGAUCGACGAAAUUAAAAAAAAACCUUUUUUGUAUCAAAAUGCUUCCAAGGGAUCUACAAAGAUUGGCGAAAGAAAAAGUGCUUGGAAAGAAAUUCAGGAAUCAUUGGGACUACCGGGAUUUUAUUCAUUUUCAGCCGAGGUCUGUAAAAAAAAAUGGGAAAGUUUGAAAAAUAGCUUUAGGAAAUUUCAACGUAAGGCUCUUGAAAAAGGGAUUGGUAUUAAUUGGAUUCAUUAUGAAAAUUUGAAGUUAUUAUUAGAAGAUCCAGAUAUUAGAAGUUCAAAUGAUGUUUUAUUACAAACUGGGAAAAAGAAUUGUUCAGCCUCAGAACGUGGCGUAUCUAAGAAAGACGAAAAGUUUAAAAAUUACAAAAAAUGUGGUGAAAUAAUGAUUCAUAAUAAAGAACUGAAAUUCAUCUGUUGGAAGUGUCAAAGUGAAUUCCAAAGUUUAGAAAGUUUUAUUAAUCACAUAUUAAAAUCACAUUUUGAUUCUAGUGAUAGUAAUUCGGAGUCUGAAUGCCAAUCCCAAUCGGAAAGCUGCAAUGAAACAAUAUUAGACAGCAAUGAUAUGAACACUUUAUCUAAACAAAAUAAAAAUCUGAAUGAAAAAAGUUGUAUAAUUAUUGAAAAUUUUUAUACAAAAAAUUUGGAUUCUAAAGCAGAAAAAAAUGAAAAGGAAGGAAUUAACGAAAAAUCUGCAAAUCGAUUGUAUCACCAUAAAAAGUUGCCAAGAGAAGAGAGAUUUCAUAAAUGCGAAAAAUGUGAUCAAUCUUUUAGAUAUGAGAGUAGCUUGAAAGAUCAUUUUUCAGUUUGCCACAAUGACGAAAGACCAUUUUCUUGUACGCACGACGGUUGUUGUAAAAAAUUCAAAAGUAUUCGUACACGUAAAUUGCACGAAAUAUUGCAUACAAAAGAUUUGCCAUUCCAAUGCCAAUAUUGCGGUAAGUGCUUUCCUUCUAAUAGUUAUUUGAUUGCACAUAAAAAUACAUGGCACGUCGAUAAAAGCAAUAGACGUCAUAAAUGCCAGUAUUGUGAAAAAACAUUUUGCGCAAAACAAAAAUUGAAAUUUCAUACAUAUACUCAUACUGGAGAAAGACCGUAUGGAUGUCCAUUAUGUACGACCCGUUUUACAAAACCAGCAAGCGUUAAGGAGCACAUGAAAAUACAUUUGGAUGAACGAAAAUAUGUUUGCAAAGCUUGUGGUUCGGCUUUUAAUCAGAUAGCGAGCUUAAUUAAACAUAGAAAAAGACACGAGGAAGUAUUAGAUUAAAAUUGGGUAAAAGUAGGGUGUAAUUUAUAGGGAAAA